GCAGACAAGUCGAUGAGCUACAAGUUUGAGGUCUCCAUGUUCACCAAGAGCAUCAAGACUGCGGAGCGCUACGUGUGUGGCCCGCAGCUGGUGCGCGCCCUUGGGGCGCGAGUCCGGACGACGGUGGAGAGCUGCCCGGACAUCGACACGGUCGACGAGAUCGACAAGGAUGGAGUUUUGAUUGGUUGGAACAAAGUGUUUCAGUACGUCUUGGAGAAGCUGGACUUCACCAGCCUGAAUGACACGGGCCUCCUCGCGGAGGAGUUCUUCCUGAAGGUCAGCAGGAACUCGGGCGAGACCUUCCAGGACUGGGCCGCCAGAUUCGAGAAGAAGGAGCGCGAGCUGUUGAUGCAGCUCCAAGUCAUCGAUUCCAGCGUGACGGAAGUGAUUGCGAAGCCUCUUCGGACAUGGUGGUUCCUCCGGAAGUCCAAGCUAUCCCCUGUUCAACGUGGAGAGAUCACCGCCACUGCAGGUGGCGACCUCAACUUUGGUAAGACAUACAAGGCCUUGCUCACGCGCUUCCCGGCGGAGGCGCUGGCGGAGCUCGACGGCAAGCAGCACCGGAGGGCCUUCUAUGAGGACACGCCCGUCGACGACGUUGAGGACGAGACUGGUGGGGAAGAUAUUGAUUUCACAGAGGUUGUCGAGCAGCUGAUCACCCUCGCUGAAGAAGACGAAUAUGAGGAGCCAGCUGACGACAACCCAGCGGACAACGAGGUGUUCGCAGAGUUCAAGCAGGUGGGCAGGAGCUUCAAGGACGCUCGCGACCUGAUCCGACGCCUUCGCGUGUCCCGCGACUACUACCCGGUCGUGUCGCUCAAGGACCCCGAUCGCGUGCCCCCGCCUCCGAACACGGGACGAGGCUUCCAGCGUGGCCGUGGCAAGAACGGUCGAGGCCGCGCCCGCUUCGACACGGGCAAGGGACGUGACAUGUCCAAGAUGAAGUGCAUGGCGUGCGGCGAAUAUGGUCAUCGAGCGGCGGACUGCAACGAGAGGUUCAAGAAAGAUAAUACGAGAGAUGGAGCUCGUGGGACUACUCACAACGGCUUCGUCCUGUCCGCCCUCGACGAGUACCUCUACCUCCUGGAGCGCGACGGCAUCUGGGCGAUCCUCGACAUCGGGGCCGCGAAGAGCCUCGGCGGCCUCGAGAGCGUCGAGAACCUCAUGUACGAGAUGCUGGACCAGCACGGCCAGGUCAAGCUGUCGGUGAUGCCGAACCGCGUGCCGAUCCUCCUGGGCAUGGACAUUCUGACUGACUCGCUGAAGGUUGUGGUCGACUGCGGCCGGAACUGGAUCGGCCUUCCGACCAUGGGCAACAAGGUGUUCUUCUGCGAGCGCCUCUCGAGCAACCAUCUGGCCGUCAACCUGACGACGCCGCAGUGGUGGAAGGAGGUGCCGCUUUCCUUGCCGAGUGCCGGGUGCCUGACGUCCGAAGCGACGGCGCCCGAUGUUCUGGUCGAGGAGCUGCCCGGAGAGGCCGCUCCCGACGGAAACCUCGGCGGCGCGGACACCUACCAGAGCGACGGAAACUGCGACACGGAGCGGAUCGGCUCGAGCGACGGAAACCUCGAUUUCGUUCGGACGGACGGUCAGGGGAUCGACAACUUCGGCUGCAGCGACCCCGACGCCAACAUCAACAGCAACACCAGCUACUCCGGCAAGAGCCACACGUGCACGAAGGCGACGGAGGUGACCAUUCGGGAGCAGGCAGUGGCUCUACGCUGGCGGCGCCUGUCCAACAAGCUGAACUCCCCGGAGAUACAGGGGGGCUGGAAGUUCACUCCGGAGAUGCUCGACGACUCGGAACUGCCGGAGAUGGACUCGAAGAGCCACGACAAGGUCCUUGACGAGAUCUACCAGACCAUCGCCGAGGACCUGACGGAGCUCGGCAGGCCCUACCGCAUCGACCUGAUGGAGGCGUGCUGUCCGGAGGACUCGAGCCUCAGCAAGGCCGUGCAGGACCAGGGAGGCAAAGUGUUUAGGUGCGGCCUCUUCAAUGGGAUCGACAUGGGAACGGCAACCGGGCUUCGACGCGCGCUUCACCUUCUCCGACGACUCCGACCGCGCCGCUUGGUUCUCAGCCCGCCAUGUACAGCAGACUGCCCGAUCCAGAAUCUCAACCAGAAGACAGAUCAGCAGAAGGCCACGUAUCUGGCGAAGGUGCGCAAGGCCCGACGUAUCCAGCGGAACUGCAAGAGCCUCUGGGAAGACUCGAAGAAGAUUCACGACUGCCACACCGAGCUCGAACAGCCAGCUUCCAGCCGAAGCUGGACCAGGUCGCCCUCGAUCAAGGCGAUGCGCGAUCAGAUGCACGAGACGAUCAUCCAUGGCUGUGCGCAUGGACUUCGCGAAGCUCGUUCCGGCCUGCUGAUGAGGAAGGCAUGGCGCAUAUGCUCGACAGACCCGGAGUUCGGCGCUAAGCUCGGCAGGGCGUGCUCCAACCGCCCUGGCAGGGGCGACAACCACACACACCGCCCCAUCGAGGACGGACAGGUGGUGGCCCAGACGGCCUUUUACCCACCAGCACUGUGUAAGGCUUGGGCGAAGCAUAUCCUGAAGACGAACACCAGCGCGAGGUACGGCAAGGAGAUCUUCACCAGCUUGGAACAGAUCCCAGAGGACGCUGAAGAGGAGAUGGAGGAGGCCCUCGACGAGGACCUCUUGCAGGAUAACCCCGAGGCCAUGGACGACGAGUCGGUCAUGAAGGGCCUGGGCAUCUCCGAGACACCGACCAAGAAGGAGGAGCUGGAGAUCGAGCAACGGCUGACGCGGCUCCACCGCAACCUCGGCCACCCGAGCAACAAGACACUGUACAAGAUCCUCAAGGCAUCGGGAGCACCUCUCCAGGUCCUACAAGCAGCUCUUCGCCACCAGUGUCACGCAUGCCAUGCGGGACAAUUACCAAAAGCCGUCAGGGUCGCCUCGGGCAUCGAGUUGCCAGGCGUCCUAGAGGUGCUGGCCUCCGACGGGCUCGAGUGGCUCUCGCCGAAGCAGGACUCUUUCCUGAUGACGUUGAACAUCGACGAGGGAUCCGGGCUCACCAGUGUCACCUAUCUUGGACAGAAGGGAGAGCGCAAUGGCAACAGAUCGACUCAGGAGGUGAUUUCAACAUGGAAUGACUGGUGCGGACAUUACCGCCGCCCCAGCCUUCUCCGUCUGGACCCCGAAGGUUGUCAUCGUUCACAAGCAGUGGCCAGGUGGUGUUCGGACCGCGGCAUCGAGCUGUGGAUCGCCCCGGGCGAGGCCCACUGGCUGAUGGGCAAGGUCGAGAGGCGCAUCCAGCUUUUCAAGCGACUGAUGACGAAGCUGGCAACGCUGGACCCCGACUGCCCGGUCGAGGAGUUGGUGUCCUGGGCCGUGAGCGCGAUCAACAGCGCGGACAAGGUCGGCAACCACUCCCCGUUCGAGCACGCGAUGGGCGUCUCUGGGAUGCCGGCCUCGAGCAACCCGUUCGCCAUCAUUGACGGGGACACCGGGGAGACUCAGGAGCAGAGGCGCCUCCUCGCGCGCAAAAGCUUCCUGGAAGUAGAGUAUGCUGAGCGUCGUCGACGCGCCGAGCAGGCUCGCAACCGGGUCUAUCAGACCUGGAAUCCGGGGGACCUCGUCUACUUCUGGCGCAAAGGGAAAGGCCUGGACCCUCGCCCUGGGAAGAAGGGCGGGUGGUACGGCCCUGCUCGUGUCCUUGCUCAGGAAAAACGACACGUGGACGGGCGCACCCGUCCUACCUCGGUCAUCUGGAUCUCCCACGGGAGCGUGCUCAUCAGGUGCGCCCCGGAGCAGCUGCGCGUCGCCUCGGAGGCAGAGAAGAUGAUCGUCGAAUUGCAGCGGCAGAGCAACCUUGGCAAGACCAUGACGGAGAUCUUGGAGACAGCCAAGGGCGGUACCUACGAAGACCUUCUCGGACAAAAUCCUCCAGACCUCCGAGAAUACGAGCCUCCACCGCAGCCGACGAUGGCGAUCCCCGCGACCGAGGGCCAGACUCUCGAGAACAACAGCGAGGCGGGACUCCCAUCAGGCGAGUCGAGACCUAGAUGGCGCAUGACACACCGCGGACCAGAGCUCGAUCUGCACGUACCGCCGGAGAAGCGACAGAGAGGCGCAGACGAGGAGAUGGCCGACGCGCUGUUCGACAGCAACCACCUGGUCAACCUCUUCAAGGACAAGUUGGACAUCACCCUAGGCAUCGACGAACAGCAGACCGUCUACUUCGAGUACUUGCAGGACGAGAAUACCACUCCAGACGGACGCCGAGGUUUGAUGAGCCACAUCCUGGACAGCUUCGUCGUCAACCAGCGCCGGAAGGACAAAGUGGAGCUGACCUGGUCCAAGAUGAACGCCACCGAGCGUGAGGAGUUCGAGGCAGCCAUCGCCAAGGAGACGAACAACUGGAUUCAGCAUCAGGGACUCCGCGCUGUCCCGAUAUCUCGGGUCAAGGACGCGGCGGACGUCAUCCGGGCAAGGUGGCUCUUCACCCGCAAAUCCGAUGGGAAGGCGAAGGCCCGGCUCGUCCUCCUCGGCUACCAGACGAAGGACCUAGGACAGGAGCCGACAGCCAGCCCCACCGCGUCUCGGCGCGCCCGUCACGUGAUGCUAACAGUGGCCGCCGCGAACCGCUGGAAAAUCAUCAAGGGCGACGUCACCUCCGCCUUUCUGCAGGCCCACGACCUCGACAAGGACCUCUUCAUCGAGCCAGACGCCGUCCUCAGAAAGGCCUUCCACGUGCAGGAAGGGGACAUCCUCCAGGUCGUGAAACCUGGAUAUGGGAUCGGCGAGGCGCCCCGGCACUGGUGGGAGACGGUCAAGCACGACUUUGCGAAACUUCGACUUCAAGCCUGCGAGUUGGAGCCCUGCCUCUGGAAAGCACGAUGUUCCAGGACGGGCAGGCUCAUUGGUAUGAUCAUGGCCCACGUCGACGACUUCAUCAUGGCAGGAGAUACCUCCCACCCUGAGUGGCAGGACAUGGUCAAGCAGAUCCGAGGGCUCUACAAGUGGGGCACCUGGGAGGACAUGAAUGACGGGCUCACCUCUCUCGAACAGCGCGGCGUCACCAUCGAGGAGAGCGAGCAGGGCUUCUUCCUCCACCAGAAGUCGUAUAUCGACAAGAUCAAGGAGGUCAAGGCGGCCAGCGGCAGUAAGCAUCGGACCACCGACAGCCUCAAGGACUCUGACAAGACGGUGCUCAGGGCGUUCUGCGGCGAGAUCUACUGGCUUGGCGUGAAUGCCAUGCCAUUUCUCUUAUCGUGGGUAGCCGACCUCCAGAUGAAGAUACCAGCAGGUACUCACAACCUCUUCACGGCCGCUAACAACAUCGUCAAGCUCGUCAAGCAGAGCCGCCACAUGGGGAUCAGGAUCUACCGGCACGCCCUGGACGACCUCGCCAUCUUCACCUGGUGUGACGCAGCCUGGGCCAGCCGCCCGGAUGGACACUCCCAGGGUGGUCAUAUCACCGCUAUCUCCUCCAAGGCGGCCAUGGACGGGAAGCUCUCCGAGUUCACGGUCCUCGACUGGGGCUCCAAGAAGCUGCGCCGCGUGGCUCGGUCAAGCCUGGCGGCGGAGGUGCAGGAAGCCGGCGACGCCGAAGGCGAACAGAGCAUG